AUGGUGAGACCCGAGCGAUGUACUAACGGUGUCCGCACUGCGGCUCUCUGUCUCUCUCUCUCCCCGGCUCUCUGUCUCUCUUCUCCCCGGCUCUCUGUCUCCUCUUCUCCCCGGCUCUCUGUCUCUCUGUCCCCCCACCCCCGGCUCUCUGUCUCUCUUCUCGGCUCUCUGUCUCUCUUCUCCCCGGCUCUCUGUGUCUCUCUCUCUCCCGGCUCUCUGUCUCUCUUCUCCCGGCUCUCUGUCUCUCUGUCCCCCACCCCCGGCUCUCUGUCUCUCUUCCUCCCAGCUCUCUGUCUCUCACCCCACCCCCGGCUCUCUGUCUCUUCUCCCCCACACCCCGGCUCUGUCUCUCUUCUCCCGGCUCUCUGUCUCUCCUGUCCCCCCCACCCCCGGCUCUCUGUCUCUCUUCUCCCAGCUCUCUGUCUCUCUGUCCCCCACUUCCCCCGGCUCUCUGUCUCUCUCUCCCAGCUCUCUGUCUCUCUUCUCCAGCUCCUCUCUCUCUCUGUCCCCCACCCCCAGCUCUCUGUCUCUCCUUUGCUCCCCGGCUCUCUCUCUCCCCACCCCGGCUCUCUGUCCCCCCCUCUUUCUCUUUGUUUUGUUUUUUUAACAGUGAGCAGCCACUGGUCAGUAGGGGCAGAAUGUACUAAUACUAAGUAAACUUUAUUUAAAUUUAAUUUGGCUGAAAGACCAAAUAUAUUCUUACGCUAUCUACUAAGCGGUUUCAAGAUGCAGCCGCGGCACGAAUCGGAAUUUAAUUCUUUAGAAUGAAAUUACAAUCUGAAAAAAGUCCCGAAUUGCGUCCUAACACGAAUGGAGAAACUGUUCUCAUUCUGUUAAGACGCAAUUCGGUAGUUUCGCCGGCAUUCUGUCUAAAUGACAGGACUUUCGGGAAAAGUGAAAGGAGCCUUUGUGGGAACAUGGAGGAAAGGUGAGAAUUUUCUGACUACCGGAAAUGAAGCACACUUUGCUCCUCCGCUGGUCAGAGAUGGUCAGUUGUAGGAAACCGCCAUAAGACACAUAGUCCCUACUUUGUCUUAUGUUUUUAAAGAAAACUAGAGCAGACAGGAAGAAAUGAAGAACAGAUACUGAGAGAGGGAGAGAAGAGGAAUCGAUUAGAGAAAGGUAAGUUUGGCAUGACUGUGCCGCUUUAAGGUGUAUUUUAUUAUUCACCAUUUGUGAAGGUGUAUUUUAGCGGGUUUUAAUGUUUGUGCUUUGCUGUUAUGGUGCUGUACAAAUGUACUAAAACAAAUAUUAUAAAACAAUUUGAAAGGCUCUCUGUUAGCAUAUCAUCUCCCAAAUCCGGACACUGCCAUGAUGUGGUUAGCUAGGAGGCAUCUAGUCGCCGGCACCACUGGCUGUGGCAGAUCGUAAUCUCACUGUGUGCAGGGUUUUGUUAUCCCUUGAGCACGGUAAGUACUUGCACACUGAUACACUAUUUGCUUUGAGUAAAACUAAUGACAUACGCUAAAGUACACUUUUACUAUAUUAUGCAGCUCUGGGAGCUCACAGAAUGGUUCAUUAUAAUAUAUAAUUCUUUAUAAAGGAAAUGUCACUUCCCUUCAAUUUACAUCAUUUAAUAAAACCGUAACAGUCUCUUUUAACCAAUGUUAAAGGACCACUAUAGUGCCAGGAAAACAUACUCUGUUUCCUGGCACUAUAGGGUCUCUAGGUCCAUCCUCCCGCCAGGCUCUAGGGUGAGGAAGGGGUUAAACACUUUUCUCCACUGCCAGUUCCCUCGGUGGUGGGGACUCUCCGCCUCCUGUCCCCGUCAUUGGCUGAAUACGCAUGCGCCGCUCGCGCAUUCAGCUAGUCCAUAGGAAGGCAUUCUCAAUGCUUUCCUAUGGACGCUGGUGUCUUCUCACUGUGAAGAUCACAGUGAGAAGUGCAGAAGCGCCUCUAGCGACUGUCAAUGAGACUGCCACUAGAGGCUGGAUUAACCCAUUUGUAAACAUGUUUACAGCAGAAAGGGUUAAUCCUAGAUGGACCUGACAACCAGACCACUUCAUUAAGCUGAAGUGGUCUGGGUGCUUAUAGUGGUCCUUUAACCAUUUUCCCAUGAAAUGCGCUGUUUUCUUUUACAUUUAUAUUAGAGAUUUAGCAAAUGAGGUCACAAUCCAUUUUCGACAAGGCUGAAAAUGAAGAGGAGAGAUAGUAACAUUGUUUCAUGUCUGCUCUCUAUGCUGACAGCCAGGUGUAAAGGGCGGAGCUUAUAACAAUGAUUGACAGGGAGCUUAGAUGGAGGGGGCUCUCUCUAUACUGACUGCCAGGUGUAAAGGGCGGAGCUUAUAACAAUGAUUGACAUGGAGCUAAGAUGGAGGUGGCUCUCUCUAUACGGACUGCCAGGUGUAAAGGGCGGAGCUUAUAACAAUGAUUGACAGGGAGCUAAGGCACUCCAUUGGUUACAUGACAUUUACAUUGUCACACCUCACCAAUACAUAUCUUCUAAAGUAAACAUAAUCUUAUAAAUCCUGGGAAAUGAAAUUUCCCUUUAAUACGGCACUAUCCUCUCCCCCGGGAAAAUAACCUUUUCAUGAAGAUAGAAUAUUUAUUAACUUCUCAUAUUGACUGUUAUAAAUUCACUGAAAUUCCUCCAGCCAACAAAUAUAACAGACCGAGCAGGUAGUACUUUGUCUCUGUGUAUUUAAUACUUCAAGACAUUGGACGAACCUACUGCCAUCUAGAGGUGUCAGUCCCGCCAGCCAUCACCAGUGACGACUGCAGGGAGUUGACUCUUUCUGUGGAGAAUCUUGCGGGGACCUCAGUGCUGUACGUUCAUGCAUGCAGUGACAUCGACUUCUAGCACUGAAGCUCCAGGAGCUAAAGAUGAAUGGCUGGAGCAAGAUUAGAGGACGGGUCCAGGUAAGUAUAUCUCACCUUUACCUGUCCCCCCAGCCGAAUUCUGCAAAGUUCCCAGAUGGCGAUGGUGCCGCUUUAAUGUAAUAUAUGGUUUGAGAGAAGCAUUCGUUGCAUUAAGCGUCUUCAUUCUGCGCCUGGCUGUCUGUUACUCGAAAGCCAAGUUUCUACAUUGUUUGAAGAAAGGGACAGCAUCCAUAUACAAUACCAGUAUUAGGAAAAGGGUCCAGGCACCUUUAUUAGAACAUGUGCUCACUCCAAAAACUCCACUGUUCUAAUAAAGGUGACUGAAGACAUUGGAAUGACUGGACCCUUUUUCUAAUACAGGUAUUUAUUAUCGUCUGGGCUUGUGCUGGCCCUUGGUUCAGCUAAGCACCCUGUCUUUAGGGAAUUGAGUGUGGUUCCUUUUCCAUUUUUGCAAAGCAUCCACUAUAUUAAAGUGCAGUGAUGUGGUGCUUGGUCUCCCUUUUAAUAAAGGUACACUAGUCCCAGAAUAAGUGUCAGUUAUUUAAUCUGUCCUGUUCAGAGUGUAAUUUCAGUAAAUGGAAAGGACAUAAUGUGGCAAGCACAUAAACAUUGUUAUAUAGCACUCGCUGAGAACAUGAAGGCUACUGAAACAUUACAAAUCGUGCGUACGGGAGGGAACAUUACAAAGAUUAAUAAAAUAAGCCAGGCAGUCGGUAUAUAUUGUCCUCAGUUAUCGUAAAGAUACAAUAUCAAAUUCACACUUUCAGGCUAAAGAUGUGCUGAAAUGUAUCUGAAAUAAAUGUCUUUCAUUCUGUAUGAUUCAUCCUCUGCUUUCCAUUCUCAGUACUACACAUGAACGUGUAGCUCCAUGUUAAUGGUUUUCUUGUGGUUUGUCCUACAGGAGCUGGAAGCAAUGACCCGAUACACAAGCCCGGUGAAUCCAGCAGUGUUCCCACAUCUAACAGUCGUGCUGCUUGCCAUCGGAAUGUUUUUCACAGCCUGGUUCUUUGUGUAUCCUCUUGAUGUAUUAUAUCAUUUAAGAACAAACAACAAAUGUAUUUUGUGUAGUGUUGAGGGUGGGGAUAGUACUUUUGGAGGGUUGCAGAUAGUAUCCUUUAUCCAAUCUUUGUAAAAACCAUUGCAGCUAAAAGACAGACUCCCAGAUCUGCCAGUCAGACAGCCACUAUUCUGUCUUCUGGGGUUCCUGUGUCCGUUAUGUCCAUGUUGUAUACGCAGCGUUACACUGAUCUGUCUUUUCCCAGAAUUUCUGUUUUGUAUCAGAAUUCCAGUUUAGUAUUUUGUGUAACUUGUGAAUAAAGUGAUGGCAGCCAUGGCAUUCUCUGUGAUGAGUGGAACUGUGGUUGGGCUAUAAGCUGGUUAUCCAAUAAACUUCUGUUGGAGAAUGGUUUAUACCCCACAAAUUAGAAUGAUAGCUUUGCAUUUUUUUUGUAAUAUAUAAUAAUGCAACAAAAAUAGUGGACCAUUUGUAUCUCAUUAUUUCUCUUUAAUGUUUUAGUUCUUGCAGCACAUAUUAAAGGACCACUCUAGGCACCCAGACCACUUCAGCUUAAUGAAGUGGUCUGGGUGCCAGGUCCAGCUAGGCUUAACCCAUUGUUUUAUAAACAUAGCAGUUUCUCUGAAACUGCUGUUUAUCAAUGGGUUAAGCCUUCCCCCAAAGCCUCUAGUGGCUCUCUCAUUGACAGCCGCUAGAGGCGCUUGCGUGCUUCUCACUGUGAUUUUCACAGUGAGAGCACGCCAGCGUCCAUAGGAAAGCAUUAAGAAUGCUUUCCUAUGUGACCGGCUGAACGCGCGCAGCUCUUGCCGCGUGCGCGCAUUCAGCAGAGGAGGAGGAGGAGAGCUCUCAGCCCAGCGCUGGAAAAAGGUACGUUUUUACCCCUUCCCCCCCCUUCCAGAGCCGGGCGGGAGGGGGUCCCUGAGGGUGGGGGCACCCUCAGGGCAGUAUAGUGCUGGAAAACGGGUAUGUUUUCCUGGCACUAUAGUGGUCCUUUAAUUUAUACCUCUUUGCCUAAAAAUAUAUCCUUUUUGCAUUUUCUCCAGCAUUCGUUAAUAACUGGUUCGUAAAAAAAAAUUGCUUGUAAUUCACUUCUAACCCUGGGCAUACCGGGCAGCUUCCCCAGUCUACAGUAUGCAAAAUAUACAUUUAAAGGCUGACAAACAGUGAAAGUAGGUUAUACAGUAACAACAUAGAGCCAGCACUUCUUAAAGUGUGCCUGUCAUCCCCCAAAAAUAAUUUAAUUCCUUCUGUACCUAUUGCUGACAAAGGCCUGGGAUUUACUGCUGUUGGCAUGAUAGUAAAUACGACAUCUAAGGGUGAACAGCUGCUCCACCAUAAAUUGACAGUCAUACCAGCAAUGCGUGUUGUGGCAGUUUCGCCAGUACAGUUUGUAGGAUAUAUGUUCUUAUAUAAUUAUACCUUGAAUGUGACAAUGUCAAGGUCACAAGUACAUCAAAGUACCACAAUCUUGGUUUAAAGGACCACUAUAGUGCCAGAAAAACAAACACUUUUUCAUGGAACUAUAUAGUCCUUGGGUCGCCCCAACCCUCAGGGCCCCCCUCCCGCUGGGCUUAAGCCGGGCUCCCUCUGCACCAGUGACCUCAAUGCUUUCCUAUGGACGUUCUGCAUGCUGAAUGUGAUUUUCGCAUUGAGCGUCGCGGAAGCGCCUCUAGCGGCUGUCAGGAAGACAGCCACUAGAGGCUGGAUUAACCCUGCAAUGUAAACAUAGCAGUUUCUCUGAAACUGCUAUGUUUACAGCUGCAGGGUUAAAACUUGGGAACCUGGCACCCAGACCACUUCAUUGAGCUGAAGUGGUCUGGGUGACUAUAGUGGUCAUUUUAAUCACUGGCCACUGUCAUAUAUAUUAUUUUAUCCUUUAUAUUGUUUAAGAUAUGUUUGUUAGUUUCACAUUUGGGCCUUUCAGUCAUAUUUCUGUCUGUUUUUUAUAUUGUAUGAUGUAGUGUGGCACAAAAAUGUUCUUUGUCUCUCUUGUUUUCCUUAAUAUACAAAUGCCAGCUAUGAAGUGACUUCCACCAAAUACACACGAGAUGUAUACAAGGAGCUUCUUAUCUCAUUGGUAGCCUCUCUCUUCAUGGGAUUCGGGGUCCUUUUCCUGUUACUGUGGGUUGGGAUUUAUGUGUGA